GAAUGUUGGAACCGGGUGUUAUAAAGAUGUUGCUACCAUAGGCUCUGUUAGUCAUUUCAACUUUACCAACCUACCUCCCAGACUACUUUGUCUUCUAGUGAACUAUUGCUCUUUGUCUCUUGUCUUUUAUUAAUGAGUGCUUAUGAACUUCGGAAACAAGCUUAAACAUUUCCCUCAUCAUGAUAAAAUAGGUCCAUGUUUUACUCGUCCUGCAUAUCGUGAUGGCAGACGAAAAACAGCUGUAAAGGUUUUUACUGUAGCUGAUGAAUCUUACUAUCUGUUGAUAUUUGGAGUGCCAUCAUUGGGUUUAGAACAACCUUUAAAGGAGAGAUUUAAACAAUAUGGAAAUGUUGAAAGUUUGGUGAAAAUUGUUGAUUAUCCAGAUAAGGAAAUUUUCACAGAUGUUUUUCUGGUCAAAUAUAACAAUCUUCGAUCUGCAAGAUUUGCCAAGCGUUCAGCAGAUGAUUCUUCUUUCUAUGGAGGUUCAUUACAUGUGUGUUAUGCUCCUGAAUUUGAAACAGUAGCUGAUUGUCGCUUAAAGUUAUAUGAAUGCAGACGUUUGAAUGCAAGAAUAUCUAGGAAAGCGGAACAUGAUUAUGCUGGAAAGUUUUCUAGUAAUUGUUCAGUACCAACUUUGGAAUUAGUUCCUUCAAUUCUUCCUUCAUCAUGCCGGUCGUCUACAUCACUUGAUAUCUACUCAAGCAGUUUACCAACUAGUCAAAAUUUAGCACUUAAACCCUUAUCACAUGACAGCACCACGCAGUCCACUGAAGCUGUCACUUAUCCAUCUUGUGAUGCUUUAGAUGAUUCUCGCCUAUAUUGGAGAAGGUUCGGUGUUACACUUUUCGAUGAUCUAAAACAGCCAAUUGUCAAUCAGUCUCAAAGUUCUAAUCUCACUUGUUCCACUUAUACUACUACUAGUCAUUUGUCAUUAUCAUCACAACAUUCUGAAUACUGUCGUUUACCUGUUGCACAAAAGCGACCGAUACCUCUUCCUGUUUUACAGGCCUUGAGCUGUCGACCAUACUUAGAAAAUGUAUCACAGUCUACUGAAGCUCCAUCUAGCAAAAAACCUUCAAAUACUGAUAAAGAGUUAAAGCAGUACUCACCUAGUUCAUUUAUACCACGUGUUUUAACUAGAAAAUUUUCUCAGAAAAAGUGUAUAUCAAAGCCUGAAACAUCUUUACAACCUUCAAAAUCACAGACUCCUAUUUCAAUCGGUGAAUUGAAACAGUUGGCCUAUUCCUUAGGUCCUGAACAGGGACCAAGUUUACCACCAAUAGAGCAUACAAAACAGAACUGUGGUCAAUUGAAAAGGAUUAUUUUUCAUCGUUCUGCAUUGAAACAACAUAAAACAAAUCUUCCAGCUUCCGAAGAUAAUUAAUGGGUGAAUUGAAUAAAAAGCUUGAAUCACCACACAACUUUACAAUGGAUACGUGCGCCGAUACAAUGAACUGAUUUAUAUGACCAAUUAAACUUUGUGCAGUUCACCAAUUUUUCCAUUAUAAAUUAAUCAUGACCAU